ACAUCACUUCAUCCACAACACAUUCAUUCACAUAAGAGGGAGAGCUACUUCCAGAGUUGAGUUCGAGUGUUUGCCGGAGACACAUCACUGCUCCUUGCUGAUAUUUGCAGAGACGAGCUUUCAGAGGAAAAAAGAAAAAGGUUUUGUGCCAACUAGAGUUCACAAUGAUCGUUUUCAUUCCUGUUUUUGGGGUGAUUCUCACUUUGUAUCAGAUUGGGAAGAAUCCUGCCAGCGCUGGGAUGUGCUGGCUGCAGCAGAGUCAGGACCAAAGGUGCGACAUGGUGCUGAUGAGAGGGGUGACCCGGGAGGAGUGCUGUGCCGGCGGCCGCCUGGACACAGCGUGGUCCAACAGCAGCCUGCCCAUGAAUGAGGUCAGCCUGCUGGGCUUCCUGGGAAUCGUCUCCUGUAAACCCUGCAAAGAGACUUGCGAGGGAGUGAAAUGCAGUCCCGGGAAGGUUUGCAAAAUGAAAACGGGGAGGCCCCAGUGUGUGUGCUCUCCGGACUGCUCUCACAUUACCCGGAAGCACGCUGUGUGCGGCAGCGACGGGAGGUCAUACAAGGAUGAGUGCUCUCUGCUGAUGGCCCGCUGCAUGGGGCACCCGGACCUGGACGUCAUGUACCAAGGAGACUGCAAAAAGUCCUGCUCCAACGUGGUGUGUCCGGGUACGCACACCUGCGUGACCGACCAGACCAACAGUGCUCACUGCGUCAUGUGCCGCACAACUCCGUGCCCAAUCCCCAUGCUGUCCGAGCAGCCGAUCUGUGGCAAUGACAACAUCACCUACCCGAGCGCCUGCCACCUCCGCCGGGCCACCUGCUUCCUCGGCCGCUCCAUAGGAGUCCGCCACUUCAGCCACUGCAACAAUCCCCCUCGGAAACCUCAAGCUUUCGAAGGCAGCGAGGAAAACUCAGUCUAGGUGGAUAACUCCUGACGCAGUCCUUUUUUCCCAAGAGAUGAGUCAGAUCCACAAACAUUUCCAAGUGUCGCACCACUAGCUUCCCAUGAUGACCUCUUUUUAUUUUGACAAUCACUCCCCCUCCCCCUUUGUACACAGAAUGACAAACGCGCAUCUUUGGAAGACAUCUGUUGGAAGACAUACAAUAGUGUAACUGCCUCAAAAAGAGCUACAAAACCCCUGCAAGAAAUUUGCGUUCAUCUUAGUUUGGGAAAUAGAGGCAGAUGAACAUGUGUGUGUCUCCAGACAGAAAUAUCUCAUUGGCUCUUCGGGAGAUGUGUGCAUAUUGUAAAUAGAAUACCACUGCUAUUUAUUGGAGAAGGUAUCAAACUCUAUUUAUGUUUUAACCCUAGUAACAAAUCCAUAUAUCCUCGAGAAAGCUGAUGCAUACAAUGUAUUUAUUGUGUUUUUUGUUUAUUGUGUACAUACAAUAGCGGCCACUGGCAUUGGCAUUUUACAGCUGUUUUGCAUUUUUCCCAUUCUCCACAAACAAACAUCCCCUACCCCCACAAGCUGAUGGAAAGCAUAGCUUGUGUGUUUGGAAAGUUGAUACCACUUUGUAUUCUGCCAACGAACAAGAACAGGACAGCGACAGUUGUGCUGUAUGUACUUAGGCUUUUGUCUGGAGGUGAGGAUGGGCUCAGCCUAAACAAACCUGUAUAGUCUCCCUCCAUCCCCCCUUACAUGUUUACUCUGGAUGCUGAUCUCUCUCUGCCACUUGCUGAUGACUAAACUGAACUGUCUGGUUGUGUUUGUAGGAGUCUCGGAUGACCUCCGCUGUGGAGAGCUUGGCUUUGUUCUGUAAACGUGUUGUUUUCGGUCUUGCUUGUUCAUUCCGUUGCUGUUUUCGCUGCUUUGAUUUGAUUUGAAUCUUUCUAAGAACUUACUGGACAGACAAAUGCAAUCAGCAUCGUCUGACUGAGAGGGAAAUUAAAUUAGUCUGAGAAUGGACU